GCACCUUCCCAUAAUCCCUUGCGCUAGAAACGGUACUGCCCCGCAUCUCCCCAUUCCAAAACACGUGGAUUCAGCGCUUGUAGCAGUAACCGAAUCUAAAGCCAGGAUGACGAGUGGAGAUGUGGAGCGGAUGUUGAUCCAGUUUCAGGAUGAGAGUGGAGAGGUUCUAGGGAAUCCCUUCGAUGUCCCCCUGGACAUCACACCAGACAAACUUCAGCUGGUCUGCAAUGCACUCCUGCAGAAGGAGGAGCCGCUUCCGUUUGCGUUCUAUGCGCGCGGGGAGGCGGAGGUGGUGACCAGCCUGGCGGUCUGUGUGAAGGCCCUGGGGAUCGAGACGGAGCAGGUCCUCCCCGUGGUGUACCAGCCGCAGGCCGUGUUCAGGGUGCGCGCCGUGGCCCGCUGCACCAGCUCCCUGCAGGGACACACCGAGGCAGUCAUCUCCACCGCCUUCAGUCCCACGGGAAAGUACUUGGCCAGUGGUUCUGGUGACACCACCGUGCGCUUCUGGGACCUGACCACAGAGACCCCCCACCACACGAGCAGAGGCCACACCCACUGGGUCCUGAGUAUCGCCUGGUCCCCGGACGGCAAGAAGCUGGCUUCAGGCUGCAAGAACAGCCAGAUUUGCAUAUGGGACCCGGUCACCGGGCAGCAGAUUGGCAAGACUCUGAUUGGACACACCAAGUGGAUCACCUGGCUCUGUUGGGAGCCGCUGCACCUGAACGCAGAGUGUCGCUACCUGGCCAGCAGCUCCAAGGACGGCUCCGUCCGCAUCUGGGACACGCUCCUGUGUCGCACGGAGAAGAUCAUGACGGGACACACCCAGACGGUGACCUGCGUCAAGUGGGGAGGAGACGGGCUGCUCUACACCUCCUCUCAGGACAGGACCAUCAAAGUCUGGAGGGCCUCAGAUGGUGUUCAGUGCAGAACCCUCCAGGGCCAUGCCCACUGGGUGAACACGCUGGCUCUCAGUACAGACUACGUGUUGCGGACCGGGGCCUUCGACCCCGCCCACGCCACCAUCAACGCCCAGGAUGUGACGGGCUCACUGGAGGACGUGAAGGAGAGAGCCUUGCAGAGAUACAACAAAGUCAGGGGUUCCAACCCGGAGAGGCUGGUGUCGGGGUCGGAUGACUUCACCAUGUUCCUGUGGAACCCGGCGGAGGAGAAGAAGCCCCUGGCCCGCCUGACGGGCCACUGCGCCCUGGUCAACGAGGUGCUCUUCUCCCCCGACACCCGGCUGCUCGCCUCGGCCUCCUUCGACAAGUCCAUCAAGAUCUGGGACGGACGCACCGGAAAGUACCUGCAGUCCCUCCGCGGUCACGUGGCCGCCGUGUACCAGGUGGCCUGGUCCUCUGACAGCAGGCUGCUGGUCAGCGGCAGCAGCGACAGCACGCUCAAGGUCUGGGACGUCAAGACGGCCAAGCUGAGCAUGGACCUGCCUGGGCACGCCGACGAGGUGUUUGCUGUGGACUGGAGCCCGGAUGGACAGAGAGUGGUCAGUGGAGGAAAAGACAAGUGUCUGAGAAUAUGGAGGAGGUAGCCAGGGUGUGGGGCUCUCUCUGGGCUGAAGACUCUCUGGCUUCUGACCCCGCACCCCCGCUCGGAGCCUCUCCCCCCCCCGUCCUCAGCAGGGCGGGGCCCGGGACACGGGCUAGAACCAGCGCCUCCCCCCCCCCCCUGCGCCCUGUGGAGCUCCACCGCGGCGGGCCCGGGGGGCGUCCCCUCACGCCGCCAGCGUGGUCCCAGGGUCUUCUCGAGGGCUCCCGUACCCUGCAGGCGGACGAGUUGACCUGCAGUGGGAAUGAUGAGCCUUUCCCCCCCCUGCUCCACAAAGCCUUGUAUAUAAGAUUACCCCGAAGCCAACGUAAUAUCGCAAUCGGAGGACAACUUGUGAUCCUUAUAGUGAGGAUUUACCGUAUAACUGUAAAAACGAUGACCCCCAGAAACAAAACGGUUCCAAGCCUUUACCCCUCUUUUGGGAUCCGUGAUCCGUGACCUCGGCGUACACUAGGUGAAGAAGUGGAGCGCAGCCAGCAAGGUCAGACUCGUAAACCAAAGGCCUCGUUCCAAAGCAGCUGGUGUCUGCUCCCUCUGGGGGUUAUAUAGGUGACAGGUUGAGCGCCAUGGCGACAGGUGGGGCCAGAUUUAAGGCCGUCUCCUGUUAGCUCUUAAUCUCCUCCGUCAGGAAGAGUCUCUCUCCUACUGAAUUACCUGCCUCUAGCCCACUGAGUACAAUGGAACACAUUGUUAUGAAUUUAAUGUGUUUUUGGCUUCUGUGUUGUAAUGUUUGUUAAGGUCACCUCUUUAGAUGAAGUGAUGGAAACACCAUCACUGAGGUGACUCGAUAUGCAAGCAAUGACCCUUUUGCUUUCAAUGUAAUUCUCAUGGAUUUCAAAGCGGUUUGAUUAAAAAUGUUAAACCAAUCAAACUUUUACGACUGUUUUAAUU